AUGGCUGCUCGUUGUAGAGUUCGAACUCUUGAAGAUUUGAAUGAAGACGACAAUGGUGGGGGUUGCACGUUUGAACAAUUUAAUCGAACGCAUCCUCCGACCUUUGAUGGAAGAGGCGAUGCGAACGCUGCGGAAGAUUGGAUACAAGACAUUGAAGAAAUAUUUGGUGUUUUGGAGUGUACCGAUCAGCAAAAAGUCAAGUUCGCAGCCUUCAAACUAUCUGGAGAAGCAAAGAGAUGGUGGAAUUCUGAGAAAGUUAUCAGGGAAACUGAGGGGAUUGGAGUAAUUGUUUGGGCUCAAUUCAAGCAGAGUUUUUUCGAUCGAUUUUUCCCUAAGGCAGAUAGGGAUGCUAGAGCCCGAGAGUUCACCAACUUGGUGCAAGGGACCAUGACUGUGUGCCAGUAUGCUGCAAGGUUUGCGGAAUUAUCACGUUCCGCAGCAUACUUGAUUCCCAAUGAGGAGAAAAAGACUAGGAAGUUUGAAAAAGAAUUAGUGCACAAGGCGAUGCUAGUUGAACAGAAUCUUAAGAGGGGUGCUGAAUUGCAAGAACAGAGGAAGAGAGCUGCUCCACAAGGGUUUCCUAGUUCGGAUCAAGGGAAGGAAGUAGGAUCAUGUUUCAAAUGCGGUAAGGAUGGGCAUUUCAUUAGUAAAUGUCCAUUGCUUGCGGAGAACAAUAGAAGGCCCAACCCACCCCAAAACUUUAGGCCGAAUAAUCAGGGCAACAAUCAGUGGAGGACUGUACCUGCUCGGGUGUUUGCUUUGACACCGGGAGAAGCUGAGGACAAGGAUGAUGUCAUCACAGGAAUUAUUCCCUUAUUUCUCAAUAAGGCUACUGUUUUAUUUGACUCGGGGGCUACCCACUCCUUUAUUUCAAUGGAUUAUGUUAAAUUGUGCCCCUUUGAUGCUGAUGAGAUGGACUACAAUUUGAGGGUCUCUACCCCAACGGAUGAUAUAGUGACUUGUAACAAGAUUUUACUCAAGUGA